AUGUCGAAUGUGAAAUUAGCUAUAAGAGUUAGACCAUUUACAGAGAAAGAACUCAAAUCGGAGAAAGAACGUGUUCCAGUUGUGAGUAUUGUUGACGAACAUACAGUGACUAUAACUAAUAUAAAGGUAAACGCGUCAGGCGCAGGCGACAGUCGCGAACGCGUGCGCAGUUUUUACGCUGACUACACAUUCGACAGCGCCUGCGCGCCUUCACACCCGCUCUACGGAUCACAAGAAAAGGUUUUCGACAAAAUCGGUCGUGAAGUACUGAGCAGGAUAUCCCACGGGCAGUCAGCAUGCGUACUCACCUAUGGGCAGAGCGCUACGGGGAAGACUCACACCAUGCUGGGCAGCACGGCUCAGCCUGGCUUGAUACCGCGGAUCUGCGUGGCAUUGGCUGACACUACGCCCUUCGAUAUUACUGUUAGUUUCUUGGAGAUAUACAACGAACGAGUGCACGAUCUGUUGGCCGGUGAGGUGUUGCCAGUAAAUUCUCUUCCGAGAAGAAAGGGUAACGCCCGCAAAGACCUUCGUGUCAGAGAGCACCCUACAAAGGGACCUUACGUUCAAAAUUUGCGACAAGUGACAGUUCACGACGUGGAGUCUCUGUUGGCCGUGGUGACAGAAGGUGCUCGACGACGACGUACCGCCGCCACCAGGCGUAACGCGACUUCGUCAAGAUCUCACGCCCUGCUGGAGCUAGUUACACCCUACUACAAGCUGCAACUCGCUGAUCUUGCUGGAAGUGAGAAGUCCGGUUGGGAAGGGUGUGGUGGCCGACAAAAAGAAGGAGCCAACAUCAACAAAUCCUUAGUGGCGUUAAGCAAUGUCAUAUCAGCCCUUGUAAGCGGUUCUGGUCGCGGCAGAUUCGUGCCGUAUCGUGACUCCGCGCUGACCUGGCUUCUCAAAGACUGCUUCACUUCUGGCGGGAGCAUUUUCAUUAUUGCAACUGUGUCUCCUGGUGCUGCGUGCUACGGAGAGUCCGCAUCAACACUUCGUUGGGCAGCCAGUGCUCGUUGCUUACAAACUAAACGACCACUUGCAACCCCGCAUAUAGCAUCUAAAGCAGCCCUUCAAGCUCAGUUGAAUCAACUACUGGCAGAACUAGCUAACCAUUUUAUUAAAUACAAACCAGACACAGGACAAUUAAUUUACGAUGCCAAGCAUUGGGAGUUACAAAUAAAUAGAAACCAAAGUGUCAGUAAAGAAGCAAAUAUAGGGAACAUAAUGAGUUUUAUGUAUCCGAAAACCGACGCUCGUAAUUCAGAGUCAACACCGUCGUCGAUUGCAAGUGGUAGUUCGGAUAUCAUAAACAAUAUGGAUAAUAACGCUGAAAUUAGUAAUGAAAUAAACAAAGAAAUCGAUAAGCUAUUUGGUCCUGCUCUCGAAAGGACAAGAAGUGGGAGCGACAUAGAAGUAGCACCUCUAAAACAUAGAAAAAAUCAGUUUAGAUCACAAGAAGUAUUAUCUCAUGAUAAGUCAUUAUAUUCAAAUCCAGGUGAUCAUCUAUCUGAUGCAGAACUUGAAGAGGCUCAUAAUAGUGAACUUAAAAAUAAAGAAGAUAAACCCCAAGUGUCCAUUCUUUAUGACAACCAAAGAGCUGAAAUCAUUGCUUCAGUAACAGAAAGACUAUAUUCUAAACUUAAAAAGAAUGACACCGCUAGUAACAUGGACUCGACAACUGAUAAAAAAAUACCGAACGAAUCAAAGGCUGUACCGUUAAAUGAAUUAAAAAUAUGUUCUAAUGCACGCCAACGUCUUAUGGAGAUAAGCAAAAAGGCAUUAAAAAAUAAAAGGAGAAUAGGAAUACCAGCACACACACAAACACGAAGAUUAGUGGUUCGUGUUAAAGAUCAGGGAAUCGAUAUUCAAACCGAUCUUCAGCCAUACGUAAGACACCCAAACCGCAUAAAUAUUUUACAGCAAGAUGCUUUUACAGAAACAAAUCUUAUAACACCAAGGUCAAAAGAAAUAGCAGUUGGACCCAAGUAUAGUAAUUUGAGUUUUAAUGAUAGAGCUACAAUAACUGAAAAUAAACAGGUGGUUUAUAGAAGUUUAUCUGUGAUGACGGACAUUUUGACUACAAGUGAUCGAUGUACUCAGACGCGUUUUAAGCCAACGCCACCACCACCACAGAGACGUAAAAAACGCACUUCUAUUUAUUCUAGAUAUUUAAAGACAAUUGGAAAUAGAAAUGAGAACUGUGCAUCUCCUAUUAUAAAUAUUAAUAUAUCUCCUAUGUUUCAAACAGAUUCUGAGUCUCCUAGUUCACUCGAAUUACCUGAAAAUACUACUGAAAUGGAAUCAGAAAAACGCAGUAUGACAACAACGCCAGACUUGUUAACAAAUCAUAAUAAUAUUGUAAGAUCAAUGGAGAAAAUUCAAAUAGUUGAUAAAGCCGAUCAAGUAACACAAGAUGAUAAACCAGGUUUUAGUAAAGACAAACAAACAAAAAAGACAUCACAAAAUAUUCAGCAAGAAACUGUUGAAUUAGAUUUUUCAGACGAAGAAGAAGUACAAUUACCUCGUGUAGCUGUAGAUUCUAGUAGAAAAAUAGGUCGAAAAGACUACACAGACUUAAUACUAGGUCGAAAUGAUAAUAUCUAUCCAUACAAUAUAAAACUGUCUCCUAUAAAGCAAAGAGAUGAAUCUAAAAGAGCGAUACGAUUCAAAAAUAUUGACGCUUCACCUACAAAAUGUUGUAUAGAAAAACAGCACAAAAAUCGAAGGAAUUGCUGUUCUAUGAUUAAAACUGAUGAUAUAGAGUAUGAAAAUAUAAAAGGCUCGGACAGUAACUCUGACUUAUCAGAAGCAAGCAACAAUGAUAGUUUUAUUUGGAACAAAACAAAUACAAAUGAGAAAGAUUAUUUACGUAAUAGAUAUAUAGAAAGACAUUCUGAACAAGAAAUUAAACACCGUGAAAAUAUAUUUGAUUUGGAUGACGAAGAUUUCUUAAGCACAAAGCAAUCAACACGAGCUAAACAACGAUUGCUUGAUUACGGUAUAGGGAAUCGAUUUAAAAGUAACAAACAUCACUGUGGGUCUGAUAAUUCUUUUGAUAAUAUUGAAAAGAAUAUUGAAAAAGCAUGUAGUAGCCUGGAAUCUUCUGUAAAUAGAUAUAAUGAUUACUUAGUAGAUUUCAAAAAAAGAAAUUGUCACAGAUCAGAAGCCUGUAAGCGCACACCCACAGAAUAUUUACAACAUUUAAUAAAAUUAAGAAAGGAAGCUGUGAAAUCAGAUUGUUUAAGCUGCAGUGUGUAUAAAUAGGUCAUAAAGGAGAAAGCGCUCGCUAAGUAAAUAUUUAAUUGAGAUUUAUUUUAUGAUUUCGGUGUUACGUUCGGGGGUUUAGAAGCAACGUCAGAAGUAAAUGAUAUGGGCACAACUCUCUAAUGACGUCUGUUCUGAGUCUCGGACCUCGGCUUAUAUGGCCUUUCUGGAGGGGUAUUUUGGCCUGAGCGUAUCAAUCAGGACGCCCCAGAUAACGUGAGUUAAAAAAACCGAAGUCUGCGUCACGUCAGAUAUCGCGGACUUUACCUAAUUAUUGUGAAAUGACGUUUACUCUAAAGUUGUACAGCCAUUUUAAUUAUUAGAAUAUGACGUAUGUGUAGCAAGUUUCAUGGCAUUUAAUCAAUAAUAAUAUUCAUAUAAGGUCUCAAGAUAAUGUUUGUGAUUAUUAAAAAAAUGUUUGAAUUAAUAAAAAAUAUUUCAAUUGA